CCCAGCCUCAGGAGCCUCCCUUUAGGAGAUAGGAUCCUGCACCCAUAGCAGCUGCCUCUUUUCUCCAGAAAUUUGGCACGCCAGGUGAGCGGGGGCAGGGGUGGUGGCGCAGCAGAUCUGAGUGUCCUCCCAGUGUCGACAGAGAAGGUCCACGUUAGAGCCUGACGCAAGUGACAACCUUGCAGGGACCACAGGCUGGCACGAUGCGCGUGGUAGUGAUCGGAGCGGGCGUCAUCGGGCUGUCCGCCGCCCUCUGCAUCCAUGAGCGCUACCACUCGGUCCUGCAGUCGCUGGAUGUGAAGGUCUACGCAGAACGCUUCACCCCGCUCACCAACACUGAUGUGGCUGCCGGCCUCUGGCAGCCCUACCUCUCCGAGCCCAGCAACCCACAGGAGGCGCACUGGAACCAGCAGACCUUCAACUAUCUCCUGAGCCACAUCGGUUCUCCCAACGCGGCAGACAUGGGCCUGGCCCCAGUCUCAGGCUACAACCUCUUCCAUGAAGCCGUUCCGGACCCUUACUGGAAGGAUGUAGUUCUGGGAUUUCGGAAGCUGACUCCGAGAGAGCUGGGCAUGUUUCCCGAUUACAGCUAUGGCUGGUUCAACACAAGCCUGAUUCUGGAGGGAAGGAAGUAUCUGCAGUGGCUGACUGAAAGGUUAACUGAGAGAGGAGUGAAAUUCCUCCUAAGGAAGGUGGAGUCUUUUGAGGAGGUGGCAAGAGGAGGAGCGGAUGUGAUUAUCAACUGCACUGGGGUAUGGGCUGGGGCUUUGCAACCAGAUCCCCUGCUGCAGCCAGGCCGGGGGCAGAUCAUUAAGGUGGAUGCCCCAUGGAUGAAGCACUUCAUUAUCACCCAUGACCCAGAGAGAGGCAUCUAUAAGUCCCCAUACAUCAUCCCGGGGAUCCAGGCAGUGACUCUUGGAGGCAUCUUCCAGCUGGGGAACUGGAGUGAGACAAACAAUAUCCAGGACCACAACACCAUUUGGGAAGGCUGCUGCAGACUGGAGCCCACACUGAAGGAUGCAAAAAUUGUUAGUGAAUGCACUGGCUUCCGGCCAGUACGCCCCCAGGUUCGACUAGAAAGAGAAGAGCUUCAUGUUGGAUCUUCAAACACAGAGGUCAUCCACAACUAUGGCCACGGAGGCUAUGGGCUCACCAUCCACUGGGGCUGUGCCCUGGAGGUGGCCAAGAUCUUUGGGAAAAUCCUGGAAGAAAGGAAUUUGCUCAGGAUGCCACCAUCCCACCUCUGAAGAUGCCAGUGACCUCCGCCUCCCCCACAAAAACUCCCUGCUCCCCUCAGCCAACUACUCAUCGCACCCAUUGUUAACCCCCCCUCCACCCCUGACUCCUUUUUGCAAGAAGCACAAGGUGAGAGGAAACCACAAGGUCAAUUCCUGAAGGAGAGUCCUGCGCCCUCUGAUGGCUGAGGUCUCUCCACCCUCUCCAGGCCUGACAUUAAGAACAGCUGGAGGCUGUUAGCCCAUGAGUCCUCAGAGGAAGGGAAGCUCAGAAUAUCCAAGUGGCGAAGGAGCUCUGAGUGAGGGAGGCUGUGAGGGAGCCCCGAGCGAGGGAGAUCUAGGUGAUGGAGGCUCUUGCAACCUUGGUUCUCUAAGGCCACAGAAUGCACUUGAGGUAACUGGUAUCAGAUUCCACCGCAGGAAUUUAUACAUAGAACUGGGGUAUAGAGAAGACAGAAGAGGAGAGCCAUUGAACUAGCAAUAUGUGAUGCCUGUUGCACAUCCAGGACUCCUAAUGGCUUCAGCUGCCCACUAGCGGCCCCACAGGCACUAUGUAACCCUUGAGGAGGAUCCCUUGGGGGUCAUCCCCAAAGGAACCCCUUUACAGAUAACUAAAUUCAGCAAGCAGAUUGAACGUGUCCCUUACCUUCUGGCUAGCACACUCUGGGAUAGCAAACAGGCUUCCAGAUGUUUCUGAGAGCUUUGAAUGAGCCCAGAUGGCACCUUAGCGUCUUCAUCCCUAAUUAUCUGCCUCAGCCUCUGAGGUGAAGUUUUAUCUCUCCGGGGCUUUGGUAAAAACCAGAGCCUAGUAUUCCUUAUGCAUCUGGGACCAGUGACACCCUAUGUGCUGUGAAGAGGUCUUGACUGGCCCAUGCCAUCUAUAUCCAUGCCAUUUCACCUGAUGGGCUCUUCAUGGAGCAUCUGCCAUGAAGAUUUUGGCUGGCCCUAAGCUAAGCAGGGUAUAAGAGCCAAGAUCUUAGAAUUCCUGCCCUAAUAAUAAUAACAACAAUUAUUAUUUUUAUUAUAGUUAUAAUUUUUUGCAUUCUAACUGGCUACUGGUGCUAAACUCUUACAAACAUUACUCAUUUAUUCCUUACAACCUACCCCCACCACCCCCAUGAAGUAUCUAUUAUUCCCAUUUCGUAGGUGAGAAGACCAAGGCACAGAGAGGCAAUACAAGGUCAGCAGCUGGGAAGGGGUAGAAUGGAGAUUCAGGGCCAGAAAGUAUGUGAUUCCAGUGCCUCACUUUCAACCACCAUGAAACACUGAAUCCCAGGUUGGGGGGAAAUAUAUAGUUAUGAAGGAAUCCAUUGGCCUCCUCCCCAACUACUUCUGCAAACACACUGUAAAGGAACCAGGUCUCUCCUCCUCAAGCCACAUUUGGGCCAAGAUCAGGGGACUCUCACCAGACUGGAGUCGGGGACACUUCCUGGUGCUUGGAGUGGAACACCAUUUUUGACUAAAGUGAUUGCCCAUCCUAAAAUUCCCCAGGGAAAGUGACCCCUACCGGUCGAGGCUAAUUGUCAGCAGGAACACUACAGGGCCCAGAACACAGUGAACUCACAAAAAUACAUGGCCAGGAAAGUCUCUAUUCAGACCCAAAGUGACCCUCCUUUUUGUAAAUGGUAAAGACCUCUUUGCAAUGUGGUUUCCUCUUGAUUCCAUUCCAAGAUUCAGAAUAGAAGGAGCAUGGGGAAAUUCUGCAAUCCACAUGGCACUGUAGGACAUGUACCUUGAUGUCUUCAUUUUUCUUCACUUAACAUUCCUGCUCCUUCCCCAGUGGUGAUCUACAACCAUAUUUACAAUGAAUUCUUGGCCGCUUGCUGAGUUUAUAAAAGUUUAUCUUUUCUCAUUGAAUUGUUUUGGAACUUUGGUCAAAAAUCAAUUGACCAUAAAUGUAGGGGUUUAUUUCUGGACUCUCAUUUCUAUUCUAUCCAUCUGUGUAUCUAUCCUUAUGCCAGGACCACACUGUCUUUUUUUUUUAAUACAUCUUUAUUAGAGUAUAAUUACUUUACACUGUUGUGUUAGUUUCUGCUGUACAAGGACCACACUGUCUUGAUUACUUGUAGCUUUGUAGUUAAGUUUUAAAAUCAGGAAGUGUGAGUCCUCCAACUUUACUCUUCUUUUUCAAGAUAUUUUUGGGCUACUCUGGGUCCUUUUAGUUCCAUAUACAUUUUACGAUCAGCUUGCCAAUUUCUGCCCCAAAAAGCCAGCUGGGAAUUCGACAGAGAUUGUGUUGAAUUUAUAAGGUUAAUUUUGGGAGUAUUGAUUGACACCUUAACAAUUUUAAGUCUUCUGAUCCAUGGUCAUGGAAUGUCUCUCCAUUUAUUCAGAUCUCUGAUUUCUUUCAGUAAUAUUUUGUAGUUUGCAAAAGUCUUGCACUCCUUUUGUUAAAUUCAUUCCUAAGUGUUUUAUCCUUUUUGAUGCUAUUGCGGGUGGAACUGUGUUCUUACUGAUGAAUCUGGGAAGUGCUCUGUUCUCUGGCAUGGUGGGGGUAGGGGUAUUUGAAGUGGUUCAUCAUCAAAAUAUUCUUGAUUAAUUUAGAAUGAUUAUACGUGAUGUAUCCAGAUGUUCAAAUGUCAAGGAAUCAGAAUAUAGUAAAGUACCAACAGUGACUAAAUCCGGCUGUAACCACUGAAUCUUUGAAGAGCUGGAAGGUGCUUCAGAAUGUUCUAGAGCUUUGGGACUGGCAUCCUGUGUGCCUCCCACAAUACUCUGCAUCCCUCCAUUAGCGCCCAUAUCAAUCUGUGUCCCACGCAUCUACGUUCUCCCCACUACGCUGUGAGUGCAUGAAGAUAAGGACCAUGUCUCAAUUCUUUUUCGCAUCCUCACUGUUGAAUAUCAUGCCGAUACAUGGUGGAUACUCCGUGUAUACUGACCACAUGCCAUGACAUGACCCCAAAUAGAGUUAUAAUGAACAGACUCCGAAGUUUACCUAUGUGCUGCCGUGGGUUCCAGGUAUACCAUUAAUUGUCUGUGCCGCCAGUAGCUGUCAUGGCCAAAGCUGCCAUGUUCGUGCCUCUUGAUCCCACCUCUCCCUGACCCAACUGAUUGGACCAGGAUUGGAACCAGCACUGAACUGGGCCAAUCAGCUUUCUCUCCUGAGACUUUAGAAGUGGGACACCGAACAGCUGAGUCAGAUGUGUUUGCAGAGCCGAGCCCUGGUGAGCCUGAGCCAUAUGCAUAGUCAGGCAUAUGCAGCAGCCAUGAGGGGGUCAAUAGGAAGCCAGUCUGCAGAGAGGGACAGAAACCAGGGCCACGGAUCCAGAGAGAGGGCUGCCUCAGGCCCUGGUGGCUCUCCAGGUCCCCGUUCCAUUUAUUUCAGUGAUCUCUCUAACCUUUCAGAGGCUGCAAACUGGUCGCCCAUCAACCAAAUCUGGCCUACAGAUAAAUUUUAUUGGAGUCACACAUUUAAAAAUUUAAACAAUCCAACAUAAUAAAAUUUUUAAAAAAUUGAUCUAACAUACUAAAAUUUGGAGAUUUCACAUAAGAAUCCAGAUUCCUGUCUUGAAAAUCAGGCGAUUCUAUGGUACCACAAAAUCAGCUGGAGCUGAGUAGUAGCCGCCCCCUAUGUCCCAUACUCUGCCACAACCUUCCCCUCUUCCUGUUGUUCCUUACACUUCUGUUUCCCACAUUUAUAGUCCCCAGGAAAUUAACUACUGUUCCCAGUCUUAUAUUAAAUCUGUAGUGCUUGAUUUGAA